UGUCUUGGUUAAAGUCGGCUUCACCUUCGGGUUUUUUUUCCUCGUGUAAACUGUGGUCAAUGGUCACGUAAAUUUAAGAAUACGGGUUAUAUAUUUUCACAGAUUGAGGUUGAAUUCAUGUUGUGAUCUGGUUUAAGGGCCGCAUAACGUCGAGCUAGUGUUUGGGAUAAGGUUAGGCUCCACCACAGCCGGGGAGGAAACGGUCGUCGGUUGUGAAACGGACUUCGGCACUCACAACAGACGCUCAGACAUCGACGCUUACUCGUGAGGUUUACCGAUGAUCAUACUCUCUGUGCUCUCCAAACACCAUGCUUCCCCAGGCCAGUAAAGAGUUUUUGGUCAGGGUACGGUUCUUUUGGCGACCGUUUUUUCAGGGUCGGUACCUGCUGCUCACCAAUACUGUGAGUGCAGGGGGCAUGCUGGCGGUUGGAGACUCUCUGCAGCAGAGCCGGGAGAUCAGCAAAGACUCCAGCAGAGUACGCAACUGGAAGAGGACAGGUUCCAUGUUUUUGGUAGGCUGCUCAAUGGGCCCUCUAAUGCACUACUGGUACUCUUGGUUGGACAGAGCCUUCGUGGGCAAAGCCAUGCGCACGGUCGGCAAGAAGGUUCUGGUGGACCAAGUGGUGGCGUCGCCAGUAAUUGGGAUGUGGUUUUUUUUAGGUGUGAACCUCACAGAAGGUCACACGUUAUCCAGAGGAUGGGAGGAGUUCAAAGGGAAGUUCUGGGAAUUUUAUAAGAUGGACCUGUGUGUUUGGCCCGCCGCCCAGCUGAUCAACUUCUACUUCCUCUCGCCCAAAUUCCGUGUCCUAUACAUCAACGUCAUCACUUUAGGGUGGGAUACUUACAUCUCCUACCUCCUACACAGAGACGAUCGACCACAAAGUCACCUGACGUCGGACAACAGUGCUGUGCACGUUCAGCAGGAAGUGCCCAAACCUCUGAAGGAGAAAACUUAAAGACGGAUUUCCUGCUCAGCUCGUUGGAUCGCACAUCUAAGGCAAAAGAACAUUUAGCUGUUUUUUAAUCCGCUACAAUUCAUUUAUCGACUUUGCAAAAUGCCGUGAGGCCAUCACGUGCACAGGAGUUUGUUUUAUUCUGAUGACUUUUUUUCACACACCACUCCUUUCCUUUGUAUCAGCAAAGGUUUUAAUGCGUCGAAUGUCUCGUUUGUCCAGUUAGGGAUGAAAAACGGUUUCACUGCCCUAAAGCAAUACAUGUGAAUCCACAUUUGCUCGUGUUGAGAUUGUUGCAGUGUGAAGUUCAGAAUGCCAGCAGUCCAGUUUUGAAGUUCAUUUCAAAAACGUCUCUACGAUAUCAUGUUAUUUUGUUUUACUCUACACAAAACCUUCAAGUGCCAGAAAUCAGAAGAGUGUAAUUUCUCUCAGACAUGGAACAAAUAUUAUUGAAGUGAGUAAACAGCAAGGGACUUGAAAUUUAA